GAUCAGAAGUUGCUAUGUGUAUUGUUUAUUUGAAAACUAUUUACAGAGCAGCCUCAGAACUGAGAUGAAAUAUUUUUGAUUACAAUAGUAAAGGAACUAUUACAGAACAAGUUUUUCAGUAAAAUCAGAACAUUAAUAUUUAAGUGCAUGGAUUAAUACAUCUGAACUCAUGCAGUAGGAACUAGGAAAUAUGAAAUACUAGAACCAGACACAACUUUAUAUAGAUUUUAAAUUUGAAUUUGAUUAAACUGAUUUUUUCUUAACGUUCUUGGCAUUUUCCCACACAAAGUUAAACAAAACAAUGUUGAUUAAGGUGUGUGUGUGAGAGAGAGAGAUAGAGAGGGAGAGAGAAGCUAGCCAGCACUGACCCAUACUGUGACAAAACAGCUGUGAAGGCUUUGCCCCGUACCGUCCAUCUGGUCAGACACAGAGGUUUUAUUGCAGUGAAUGACGGAUUCUCUGCAUGUGCUAUUGCUGCAUGGAUUGCCUUAAACUUCCCUGAAUGAGACAAAAGGACUCCAAGCUGGUUGACCCAAUCCAAUGAGUCUCUGACCAGAACUGAGGCUGAGCAAACUUUCUGUGUUAUUAAAUUAGUACAGUGGGCUCCACAAUGAAUGUACAGUGCUAGCGGCUGCUCUUGUUUUAUUCGAGCCUGCGCCAGCGUGCUUCCCAGCCAUGUUAGCAGCCCCAUCAUGAGUUUGACCUCGUAAACCCUGCUUAGGUAAGUUUAGUCUCAGCAGCACAUCUUGAACUACUUCAGCAAGGAUUUUUCCUGUUGUUUCUGGGACACAAUACAAACCAAGGAAUUCUUCAUGUGGUUUUAGGUCUUUGUCAACAUAACGAAGGCAAAUACUUUCUUGCUCUUGCCCGGAAAUUUCUUGUGUUCCAUCCAUAAUAACUGCAUACUGAAGAACUGGUUGAGCUCUUAUUAUAUCGGCUAUUCCACGAACAAUGUUGUUGCUCAUUGUUGACAGAAUUUCAUUCUGGAUCUGUGGACUGAUGUACUCUUUCUGGGACCUCUGCAACCAUUUGGCUAAAAGGACAUCAUCCUCUGCCUUAUCUUUUAGGAGUUGAAAAAAAUUACUGUUUUCAUCAUCAUGUCCUCUCAAGGCCUGUCCCUGUCGUGCCAAAUAUUUGAUAGAACUUACAAUUUUCUCUAGACAAUGCCUGUUGUCUGCCUGUUGAUUUGCCAAAACACUGGACAACUGUGUAUUCAUAGGGUGAUUUUCUUGUGCAGUGACAGAGACAGCAUGACGGUGUGUAUGACUACCUUCGUGUGCUUUAAAUUUCUCUAUUGCUUUUUUCUAAUUUUUGAAUCCAGAAGUGAUGAAGGUAGGUUCUGAUUUUACAGCAAAUGGUGUAAGUUUGUCCAGGUAAGUUCUCAUGCAAUAAAAACACAAAACGCCUUUUGCACUGCAUCAUAAUGUAGCCAGGGGAAGUCCUUGUACCACUGCUCUUGGAAAGAGAGAGUUCUUUUAGACAAAACCUGAGUGUCAAUGAAUUUUGGGUGUGGCUGAUAUGGCUCUGUCCACUGUCCCUUGACUUCAGUAGCUCUCGGCUGUCUGUCCCUGCUCUGAACAUCCUAAAAAGGAAAACAGUAACAAUGUCACACAAGGCAAAGAGACUGCAGUUGCUACAAGCAGGAACCCCUAUUUUUCCUUUUUUGGUUAAAUAUGAGUAUUUGUCUACGCUCUGUGAUCUAACACAGAUGAGUGCAGGAGUUAUCAUGAAUCCAUCCGCAGUAACUGUAUGGUGAGCAUUACUGUAUGUUCACAUUUACUCGGUUAUAUUAAUGCCAAUUGACUUUCAAAGACAAAAUCUACCAAGUGGUGAAAAGGUAGCUUUUGAAAACAUUUAGCAUACUAUUUUCUCAUUUUCUCAGCUAUCUAAAAUCACCUUGCUUCACUGAAGUACCUACCUGUAACUCAGCAGGUCUGGCUCUCCCUGUCUCACUGUCAGCUGUUUCCUGCUUAACUUCAUCUGCUCUUGCUCUCUAAUAUGAAAACAGUGAACAUGAAUAAGAAGUUAAAGAAAUACUGAUUUAAUAAUUAAUUUUUACAAGCUAAUAAAUCUCAUAUUAUGUGACAGACAGUUGAAAGACACAUAAGUAUAAUUUAAAUUGAAGUACAACAUAUGUGUGACUCAGGGCGUAAGGCAAAGCCCAGAUAGACAAGAAAAUAACUUUUAUAGCCCUGUUCACCAACAUUCUUUUUUUUUUUUUGAUCAGGGUAAAAAUUGGCCAAAAUUGCAGUCUAAAAGCACCAGAAUGCAGAGUUUAACACUUAUUUUUUCAAAUAUUUCUAAGGAAGCAAGUACACAAUUUAUUUUAUUCUUAAGCCGUACUGCCAUUGCUGAUCACUGGUUCACUUAAGAACAAAAAUAAGACCAACUGUCACUGGCGUGAUGCUUUUAGAUAAUCUAAAAGGGAAAUUUGGUCUCAUGCAUUAUUUUCAGAUGAACUAAGUCAAAGGUGAAAGGAAACAAAACAAAAACAAAUCUAAAGAACUAAACAAUUAUUUUCUGUUACCUAGCUACAUUCUUCUAGCAUUUACCCAGCGUGCACUGCUCCCUUGGAAGAACAGGAUCAUAAAUGAAUAACCUGGCAAAGGUAAGUUCUUCUGAUGUUUCGAAAUGUCAACUUCCAUCAACCUGAACUAGAAACACACUUCACACACAAAUAAACAGAGACGUUGAAUAAUGCUGUUUAAUCAGUGCUGUGGAAUGUUAAUUUGGACUUCAUAAUACUAAUUUGUGGAAACAUAAUUUUAAAAGUCAAAGCAAAUUUCGGUGUUAUUGGUCGUAGAAAUGCAGUUUCCAUUCUGCAUGUGUGAUGUAACCAAACAUCUGCUCCCACUCGCCUCCCAGACCAGAAACCACGAUCAGAGAUAUUUUCAAGACAUCAAGAUGACUGAACACAGCCUCAGGAUUAAGUCCGUGUUUGAUCUCAACUUGAAUGAAGACUUCAUGGAUGCGGUCAUCAAAGUCCAGGAUUUGGAGAUUAAAGUCCACAAGGUUUGCCUCAACUGUAUUCCUUACUUCCGAUCACUCUUCACACGCUCCCCCCCAGAACAGCGGGUUUAUGAGCUGUCCUUCUUGUCAGCUGAGAUAAUGCGGGUCAUCAUUGACUACAUCUACACUUGCUCACUCGCCAUCACAGAGAGCAAUGUGCAAGAACUUUUGGAAGCGGUUGAAUUCAUGAACUAUGUGGAGCUAAUCGAAGCCUGCAGCAACUUCCUGAUAACGCAGCUGUCCCCAGACAACUGCAUCGACAUCUGGAGGCUCACCUUUACCACCUUCCUUCCCAGGCUGCGUUCUGCAGCCUUUGGCUACAUCCAAGAGCACUUGGAGGAGGUUGCUCUCUACGACGACAGCAGCAGGAGAGAACUGUUUAGGAGGCUCUCAUCAGAUGGAUUUCCCACUCGUCAGUGGAAAAUCAGAGGGACACCCAUGUCCUUUUGCCCACAACCUUCUGUAUAGGACAAUAUUUUGAGUUUGUGAUGAGAGUAGAGUUGGUUUGCAUCCAUCAGACAAGUAAAAAUGGCUUUUGUCUAUAAAUCUGUAGCUGCAUGCUUGCAGCAAAAUCCCUAAUAAGGCACAUAAACAUGUUUUUGCAUAUUAAAUUCAUAAAAUUGACACAACAAAAAGGCUUUCUUUCCCAACUAGUUCUUCUUUUUGUUUUAGAACAACUCGAUAAAAGACACUUCAGCAACCUCCUGGUUUAACGAGACG